GGGCCGUGGUGUGAUCUCUAUCCCCGUCCAUCUCCUCGAGAUGAGACUGUUACUGAUUGCCCUCUCCCUCGCUGUGCUGCAGGUAGCACUCGCAGCGCCAGUACGCAGGGCCCUACCCACCCCGGUAUCAGCAUCAACAGCACGGACGUACUUGUCUGAGCUGACUGUGGCGACGCCCUCGAACUCGCCGGCGUACGCAAGGACCGAGUUUAAGACGUGGGAUACCAUCUCUGGAACGUGUGACACUCGCGAGACGGUUCUCAAGCGGGACGGGACGAACGUCGAGACAGACAGCGCUUGCAAAGCAACGUCUGGGAACUGGGUUUCGCCGUACGAUAACGUGGCCACCACCCUUGCGAGCGAUCUUGACAUCGAUCAUCUGGUACCAUUGAAAGAGGCGUGGAUCUCCGGAGCUCGGGACUGGACCGACGCACAACGCGAAGCGUUCGCCAACGACCUCACGCGCCCUCAGCUGCUAGCAGUGACGGAUAACCUCAACGAAUCCAAAGGCGACAAAGACGUAGCGCAGUGGAUGCCGCCUCUCGAGAGCUACCACUGCACAUAUGUUCGCGCCUGGGUUACUGUCAAGCAUUAUUAUGACCUUACGAUCGACUCCGAUGAGAAGACUGCGUUGCAAAAAUACCUGGCAGAUUGUUGAUGGCGAUGCAAUGUAGCAAACACGUGUAGAGGCACAUACCAGAUGUACCUUCACCGCAAAUGUCAGUUUGAACAAGACCCCGUGGUUUUGAUACCCAGCUCACCGAGGAAGAGGUAUCGAC